AUGUCUUCUCGUCUUCUCCGAUACUUUGCUGGAUCGACCCUUCUUCGCACCCAGUCUGUCCGUAGCAUCGCCACUCCUAUGCGAGGCACCAUUGCUGCGCGGUCUAAUAUCCAAAUCGCCGCUGCCGCCGCUGGCCCCCUCCAAUUCUCACAUCCACCUCCCACUCGCUUCCUGAUCCCCAGAUCCCCCAUUCGCCGUGCAUUCGCCGCGAUCUCCAACAAAAAAUUACCUCCAUGUGGCAAGCACUGCACCUGCAACUAUGACGCUGAAAAGGAGUCCUUGAUCUCGGCGCAGCGUUGGACUAUCGUGUGCUUUGCUGGCUUGGCUAUGUCGUUUGCGGUAUUUUAUACUCGGAUCUUGUUAGAAGUCAUUCGAGGUAUCGCCACUCCUUUGCAAGGUAUCAUCGCACUCUUUUAG